GUACAGCACUAGUUUUAGACGAGACGUCGUCGUUGUCGGGUGGGCAUUGUUUUGUUUGUGGAGGAAUGUUAUGACGUGCAGUAACUGUCUUUGUUUCAAUAACAUUCGACUUUAGAUGAAUCUCCUCAUAAUGUGAUAAAUCGCUAGCAAGUGUACGAAAGCGAUCGAAUUGCGUUAUGAUUGUUUCCAAAGUAUGAUCGUGCCAAUAGGUGUUAUUAGCAUAGUUAGGUGUUCGUAUUGGUUAAGUUGUGUGAAUGUUGUGCCAAUAAUGAGAUAGUGUAGUGUUGUGAUGUGGUUAUGGGACAUUUGGGGUGUGCUGUGGGCUGUGGAGGCCGUAGCCCACCUGGUGGUAGUGGUAGCGACGCCGCUGGAUCCGACACCGUCGAUCCCACAAGGGCUAUCGCUGUCCCCAUUCGUGCGGCACUGGCAGCCGGCUGCGUACGCGCCGCUGUCGGAACGCCGCGCGCGCCGCUCCACGCCCCCGCGACCUACAGCACCCCCGCUCAAACUCACAUUCAGAGCACAUAACAGGGAAUUCAAGUUGGUGCUACAGCCGGAUCCCAGCUCGGUGUUUGCGGACGGGGUCCAGUUCCACUCGUCAAGCGGCCCAGUCGAGUUCAACACUGGACAAGUCUACUCUGGCAAGUUGGAAGAUGACGACUCAUCUCAUGUGUACGGCGUCAUCACAUCUGAAGGUUUGUUUGAUGGAACCAUCUGGACGCCGACUGAGGAGUACUACAUCGAGCCGCUGUCACGAUACAACAUCGACCAUCCCAACAUGCACAGCGUCAUCUACAGGCGCUCCGAUGUGGAACACCCCCAGCAGGACGGCUCACCCUGCGCCUCACAUCUUCUCCACCUCAAAAACACCAGGGACUACCCCGGUGAACUAUUCAAUUUCACCGAACAUCGAAACCUAAAAGACCUCACUCUUAACAAUUUUACGGAAGACUUGCGCAGCGAAAUAAACAGACGCAAGAAACGAUGGCUCCCCGAAGACGAAAUGCAAGAUGACGAGCCAAAGAAAAAUCCCGAAUUACCUUUAGAUUUAAAUUUCACUUAUACGCGAAACACAGAUGAAGAAAAAUACAAGAAGGAGUCAAGCACGAAGAAACCAAAACCUAAAUACGAUAUAAGUAAUCUUGUAACGAAAGUCAGAUACGAUUCUGAAGAAUCGAGACGGAUGCUCGAUGAGCGGAAGAAAACUAUUUAUAUUAGUAAGGAUUUAGUUAAGAAAGAGCCAAUAGGUAUUUUGUCGGCCAAUGGAACUGAUGACGGCCGACAUGUCAAUAAGAGAGCGACGGUAGACCCGAGGAAGACCACUUGUCUAGUAUAUUUACAAGCUGAUCACAUGUUCUUCCAGCGGUAUGGGUCUGAGGAGGCGUGCAUAGAAGUUAUGACUCGCCAUGUACAAAAAGUUAACGCUAUAUAUAAAGUUACAGAUUUCAACCAGGACGGGAAGCCAGACAAUAUAACAUUUAUGAUAAAAAGGAUAAAGGUCCACACAUUAGACGCUCUGAAGGAUCCAGCUUACAGGUUUCCCAAUAAUUAUGGUGUUGAGAAAUACUUGGAGCUAUUCUCAGAGGAGGACUACGAUGCGUUUUGUUUGGCGUACAUGUUCACAUACAGAGACUUUGAAAUGGGCACGCUGGGUCUGGCUUGGACGGGGGACCUCAAAAAUGCGGGCGGUGUUUGUGAAAAGAAUGGGCACUACCGCGGCAGUAUGAAAUCCCUAAACACAGGCAUCGUGACGCUCCUGAACUACGGCAAGCACGUCCCGCCGGCAGUUUCACACGUCACUCUUGCGCACGAGAUCGGACAUAACUUUGGAUCACCUCACGACCCAGAGCGCUGCACGCCGUUCGGAGACGACGGCAACUUCAUAAUGUUCGCGCGAGCCACCAGCGGCGACAAGAAGAACAACAAUAAGUUCUCGCCCUGCUCCUUGCAGGCCAUCGACCCAGUGUUGAACAAUAAGGCCAGGUCGCCUAAAGGGUGCUUUACAGAGCCGCAACCAGCAAUCUGCGGGAACGGUGUGGUGGAAGAAGGCGAGGAGUGUGACUGCGGCUGGGCGUCAGAAUGUACGGACGUGUGCUGUAGACCGCAAGCCGCCAGACCCAAUUACAAGCCGUGCACACUCACUGAACAUAGCGUCUGUAGUCCUAGUCAGGGUCCAUGCUGUACAGCAUCAUGCACGCUCAAGUUCGGCGACAAAUGUCGCUCCGACAACGGUUGUCGCGACGCCGCGCAUUGCGACGGCAAGCGACCAGCCUGCCCCGCGAGCCGACACAAACCUAACAGGACUAGAUGCGACAAGGAACUCGUCUGUUAUAUGGGAGAGUGCACCGGUUCGAUCUGCCUGGCUUACGGUCUGGAGUCCUGCCAGUGCGCGCCCCGCAAGGACGACCCGCGCUCCGCGUGCGAGCUGUGCUGCCGCAAGCCCGGCCGCCCGUGCCUGUCCUCAUUCCAGUGGAACACGCCGCCGUACGAUGUGCCCGAUAUGUAUGCGAAACCUGGCACGCCUUGUAACGAUUACAACGGAUAUUGCGACGUGUUCCAAAAGUGUCGCGAGGUGGACCCUUCAGGUCCCCUGGCGACGUUGCGCAAACUGCUCCUGUCGGACGAGAGCAUCGCCGGCUUCAAGCGGUGGGUGCUCAGACACUGGUACGCAGUGCUGCUGAUCCUACUCGCUGUCAUUGCCGUAUUGGUUGCCAGCACCCGAUUCCUGGGCCGCCAUGGCAAGAAGUUGAAGUCUGUGACCAUAAUCCACUCGUCCACCACCGAAACCGUCCGACUGCCCGACGCACCCGACCAAGGACUUAUUGUACAUACGGCUGUGAGAUCUAAGCUCCCUCUGAAGAAGAAAGUGGCUUUGCGUACCCGAGCAUACCGUAACAAGAAGGACCCCAAGAAACAGGGCGACAAAGCGUCGCCGUCGCAUGCCAACAAAAAGAGAAAGCCCACCACGCCGCCGAAACCAGAGGAAGCUCACAAAGUCACAAAAGAAAGCACCGCAGUCGUCACGAACGCAGAAGGAAAGUCACCGAAACACAUCAUCUUAUCCAAACACAAAGGAAAAGUAAAAAAACGAAAAACGAAAGUAAAGAAAGAAACCAUAGAUUAUAGUUCCAUGCAAAAACAUCCUUCCUCCCCGACAAAAGAUACCGAAGCGUUGACAAAAGUACAGAAGUGGCUACUAAGUUCACCGCAGCCGACAGUAAUACCAAAAUCCAAAUCCAUACCUUUAGAUCUAACAGAGAGAACUCAUAGACAUGUACAAAAGGGCACACGAAAGGCCAGACCGUCCAAGAGUGCAACUAACCUUUUGUCUGGUGAGAAAGCCAGGCUGCAAGUUGUGUUCAAACCGCCCUUCCGGUUCAGUGUCAAAAUUUGUAAGAGUGAUAAAACUAAAGUAGUGUUAGACAAAUCGUCUAAGCCCGACGUGGACCGCAAGCGUCACGAUGUCGUGCCUCAAACUGUCACAGCCGACCACGCAAAAGCCAAUCCCUCCAAAGCCCCAAAACAUAACGAAUCCACUAGACUCAUAGAAAAUAUCCCUAAUAUUCCCCAAGUGGAAAAACCGCAAAAGCAAGAAAGCGGGAACCACGGUUACGCCAACUUGCCGCGCAGUGCCAGUGACUGUAAAAUAACUAAAAAUAUAUCCGACGUUAGCGGUAAGGUUAGAAAGGGGCACAAAAAGAGUAGUUCAGUGGGACAGAAAAAAGAAACAACGGAUAGCCGGCAGAAUCUCAUUCCUCAGGAAGAUUUAGAUAACGCUCACGUUUACGAAAAUAUACUCAUGUCUCAAGAGGUAUUCGUGCCGAAGAGUUGUAGCAUGCCGCGACGGCAGAGUAGCGUCGGCAUCGCGCGGCAAAGCAGCUACGGGCACUUGCCGCGCGUGCAAAUCCGACCUCAUCGACAUAGUACUAACAACGUCAGCAGAUCAAGAAAUAACAGUAAUAGUGAACUCGAACAUUUCUACAGUGUAAUAGAAUCCUUGCGAAGAAAUAGCCCCAAAAAAGACACGUUUAAUACUAACACCAGUAGUUCGUCCGGUAGCAGUCACCAUGACACCGCUCCAUCGAAAGGCAACUCGAUAUCUCGACCGCUGACCCAAAGUAGGACGCGACAGAAUAGUCUAGUCGAUAAACCGUCGCGUUCCAGUCCCAUUGAGGCGAAUCAAAAGUUGAAGCGACAACUGAGCGAAAUAGGGCUGGAUAAAUCGCAGCAGUGUGACGGCGUGAGGGGCUUCCAACUGGUCGUGGGGAAAGAUAAGUUGAAGCGGCAGUUGAGCGAUAACGAAUUGUGUAAAUCUCGAGUUCACAUGGCGAUGCCGAUGUCUGCGGGCGCCGAGCCGCGGCAGCCGUUCUGUUGGAACAAGAGAGCGAGUCUGGACUGCGAGGCGUCGUUGCCGGCCGGCCCGCGCCCAUGUUCCCGCCCGAGUAAGAAGAGAACCACAUACACAUUCGGCGAACUCAAGAACACGGUCCCGAACGCAUCGGAGCCAACACCUGUUGACGACCUCCACGUUUCCCCUGAAGAGUUCCUCAAUAUCAUCGACAACUAAUAUCCCUUUUUGUAAAUUGCGCCGAAUCGUACCGAUCCAUUACAUGAGAAAGCGAUUAUGUGUAUUAGUUAUUCGCCUGUAACUAUGUCGGCUAAUGUAAAUAUUGUAAUAUGCUUUUAAAUUAGUAUAAACAUAACUGCCACUGAAACAGACCAUCGCUCAGAUUGCCUUUAAGGUAUUAUAUUUUUCAGUAUUAUUUAAGUCGAAAUACUUAGUAAAGACGUCUUGUAACUCUUGCUAUUUGAUCUGAUAAAUAUAUGAUAUUAUUUUAUUUUUCAAUGAAUGGGCAGGUGUGCCCUCAAGCACUGUUAAAAACUACAUAUG